UCUGCAGAUUUUUCUCCAACCCAGUUCCCGUAUAGUAUAUUUGUUGAACAGCCAAAUCCAGAGAUCUAUUCCUUUAGAGGAUAUCUAGAGAAGGGCCAGGAGAAGAUUCUUCUCAACAACUCCAAUCUUCUACUGAGGGGAUGUGUCAUCAGAAACACAGACUUUGUCGAAGGAAUGGUGGUGUAUGCAGGCUCUGAGACGAAGGCCAUACAGAACAACAAGGGUCCUCGCUACAAGAUCAGCAGGCUGGAGUCACAGAUUAACCGGGAUGUUAUCUGGUGCAUUAUCUUGCUUCUUUUUCUUUGUUUCUUCUGUGCGAUUGGCAGCGGUAUCUGGCUGGCUGACUACGACAUAACAGAUAGUAACAACAACCGUGUGCCUUUUGUUGCUUUUGAUGAUGAUGAGCAGAUGAGUCCAGUUUACCAGGCAUUUCUUGUAUUCUGGACAUACAUCAUCAUCUUCCAGAUUGAAUAUGUCUUCUCCGACAAGACAGGAACACUGACGGAGAACAAGAUGGAGUUCAAGUGCUGUACUGUUGGCGGGGUCAACUAUCCACAUGUGACAGUGCCAGAUGCAGAUGAUAGUCGCAGCGAUUAUGAUAGCAGACGUUCUUUUGCAAGCUUGAGCAGAACUAGUUGUGUUAUAGAUGACCUAUCCUUAGAACCAGCUUUGGAGAGAGAACUGCACUUCAUGAGUCUGCGGACUUUGGACAGUGUUCCGUUGUUGGUGCCACCUCAUGUGCAUCAGGUCCAGGAGUUCUUUCUGCUCCUGGCAGUCUGCAACACAGUGGUUGUCUCCCGCCACAAGCAUGCUGAUGUUAUGGAUGAGAGUGGAAAGAUUGACGACAGCUACUUCAAAAAAGUCAAACGCCUGUACACACCCAGAACACCACUGCGAGAUGCACAGAGAAAACAUUUGCCUGGAAAUCUCAAUCAUGAGAGAUCUAGGUCUCAUUUGUCCUUGACUUCAGAGUCAAGCUACUCAGGAACUUCAUUGCAGUCUGAAGAAAUGCAUUAUGAGGCUGAAAGUCCCGAUGAGCUGGCCCUUGUGAGAGCGGCCAGCACUUAUGGUUGCAAGCUGAUAAACAGAAAUCCUACAAAAGUCAAGGUUAAGUUACCAGAUGAGAUGGAUGAGGCUGAGUUUGAGAUUUUGAAGAUUCUCCACUUUGAUGCUACCCGCAAGCGAAUGUCGGUGAUUGUGAGGCACCCAUCUUCUAAGAAGAUCACUAUGUUUGUGAAGGGAGCUGACUCGUGUAUCUUCAAUGUUUUACAUCCACGAUACAGAGAAGAUAAACAGUUUGUUGAAGAGCUGCGGAGCACACAGUGUCACCUUGAUGGUUAUGCCAGAAUGGGACUUCGUACAUUAUGCAUGGCAAAGAAGUCACUAAGUGAGAAGGAAUUCAAGGAAUGGAUAAUUGGGCACAGAGAGGCAGAAUUAUCCAUAGAACACACAGAGGCACUCUUACUGGAAUCUGCAUGUAGAAUAGAGCAGAACUUAGACCUGCUUGGUGCCACAGGCAUUGAAGACAAGUUGCAGGAAGGUGUGCCAGAGACAAUAUCUCGACUCCAAGAGGCUGGGAUGAAAGUCUGGGUCCUGACUGGGGACAAGCAGGAAACAGCCAUCCAGAUAGCAUAUGCAGCCCACCUGUUCUCACAAGAUGAAAUCCAGGAACCACUUAUCAUCAAUGCAGACAGCAUAGAAGCCACAAGAAGUGAGCUGCAGAGAGCCAAAGACAAAAUGCUGGCAGAUAUUCAACAAGACAUGACCGAGAGCAACAGAACGGGAUCACAGGUUUCGCUGUUCACAAGAUCCAUUUCAUCCCUGUAUUCAUUGACGGAAGAGAGAGAGCGUCGGAAGUUCGCCUUGGUUAUUGAUGGCACCACUUUAGCAUUUGCAACCAGUUCAGAUCUGCAACAUUUAUUCCUCAGUGUUUGCAAGCACUGCCAAUCUGUUGUCUGCUGUCGGGCAACUCCCAUUCAAAAGGCCACAGUUGUAAAACUAGUUCAAGACAACUUGAAGAAAAUGACACUGGCUAUUGGCGAUGGAGCCAAUGAUGUCAGCAUGAUACAAACAGCUGAUAUUGGAGUCGGAAUCUCAGGUCAUGAGGGUAUGCAAGCAGUGAUGGCGUCAGAUUUUUCCAUUGCCAAGUUCAAGUUUCUGGAGAGGCUCCUUCUUGUUCAUGGACAUUGGAACCAUGACCGCCUGGCCAAGUUUGCGGCAUUGAUGUUCUACAAAAGCUUGCUAUCAGUGCUGGUGCUCUUUUGGUUUCAAAUCUUCAGCGGGUUCUCUGGCUCUCUGAUGAUUGACAGUCUCUACCUGACAAUGCAGCAUGUCAUUUUCACCGCAGCCCCGCCCUUAGCCAAUGGCAUCUUCGACAAAGAUCUGAAUGCUCAUACCUUACUGGAGUUCCCUGGUCUCUACAGACCUGGCCAGAGAGGGGAGAUGUACACCCAGUGGACCUUCCUGGUGGUGACAGUGGAUGUUAUCUAUCAGAGCCUUAUUAUUUACUUCAUUCCUCACUUGGCAUAUGCAAAUGACAGUGUUGGGCUAUGGGAAUUUGGGACCACAAUAGAUGUGGCCAUGAUCCUCAGUAUACUGCUGCAGUUCUGUAUAGAGACCAGAUCUUGGGUGUGGUUACAGUUUGGAGCCAUAGUUCUCAGCUUCACCAUCUUCUGGAACUUCCUUCUCAUCAGCAACGCCAUCUUUUUCACAUUUGACCAUCCGUCAAACCCAUACUGGGUCAUGGAGAACACCAUCGCGUCUGCUUCACAUUCAGCUAUUGUUAUCAUCACCUGCUUUAUUGCUUUGUUGCCUCGACUGCUGUGGAGGAUCCUGCAGAUAACAGUCUUCCCCGAUGACAUCUGCAAGGCUCGACGACUGGAAAAGUUUCAAGAUCAGGCUGAUAUGUUGACACCAGAAUCCACUGAAGGUCUUAGAAGUGAUGAUAAUUCUAAAGGGGGUAUUGGAGCAAAGGUUUUGAUUUCACAUUCUGUGUCGGAUGGGGAGCUGUUUUAUAAGAAUGGCUUGGCAGAGCGGAUGUGGUCUGAGCAAGAUUAUCAUCAAGAUGGGUUGGCUCAGACACAGAUUGAUAGACAUCAACAGGGGGAUAUGGAUGCUUGGGAGGAAGAUGGGAAAUCCGUGGCCUCAUCAGUGUUUUGUGAGAUGUCCUUCGAUGAGUUGGAGGGGAUGAAGAGUAAAGCCAUCAGUGUCAACAAAAAUGUUUGUUAA